GUCAAGAUAGUUCCCUGCCAAGUCUUGUCACCACAAAUUCAGCCAAACUAUGUCUUAGUGUCGCGUCAGAGUUGCGUGAAAACAGGUACAUACUCAAAAUGAACACAUGGAGUUUGUUUUACCUACUUAUUUAAUUACAGAAACGACAUCGUUUCCCUGCAUUUAUAUGAAACGUAAGCUAUGUUUAAGCAAAACCGGAAGUAUAUAGAUGAAUAUCAUCCUGCCUUUUCUUGCCACUGAGUGACCACAGCAGCAUCAGAAAGAAAAGGGGUAACUUGAUGAUGGAUGAUGUAGAAGAUGGAGAAGCUCCUCAGGAGCCACUGGUUCAAUGCAAUACCUGCAAAAGAUCUUUCUUCCCAAAAGUCCUGGCGAAACACACAAAAAUCUGUCAGAAGACAACAACCAAAAAGAGGAAGGUUUUUGACUCCAGCAGACAGAGAGCUGAAGGCACAGACAUCCCUGUACUCAAACCCAUCAAACCAAAGUCACAAAGUUCAUCUGCUACUGCGAAAGCUGAACCUCCCAAGAAGCCUUCCAACUGGCGCAAGAAACAUGAGGACUUUAUCGCCACCAUCAGAGCUGCCAAGGGACUCACUCAGGUCAUGAAGGAUGGUGGACCGUUACCUCCACCUCCUCCUCCAACAUAUGACCCAGACUAUGUCCAGUGCCCUCACUGUCAGCGGAGGUUCAACGAGAGUGCAGCUGAGAGACACAUCAAGUUCUGUCAGGAGCAGCAUGCACGGAUGCCCAACAAGGGCAAGUUAGGAGAGACCAAGAAGCCCGCUGCCCGCACACAGUUCAAGCCUACUGCCCCGGUGACCAAGAAGGCAAACACUCCUGCUGUGGUGUCAACCAUUCCCUCAACCAUUCCCUCAGCCUCCUCUCGUUUACCACAGCGACCAGGGCAGUCCACUGCCACAGGAAUCCCCUCUGGCAAGGCCUUCUCUGCAGGUUCAGUGAGGAGUAAUCCUUCUGGGCUCACAAGUCCUCCAUCAGGAGUGGCACAGAAGACCAGGGUAACGAGCUCUGGCUACAGCUCUGUGAAAAACACACAAUCUGGAAUAGGACUGAACAAGAAGAGAGUAGACGCCCACAUACCCAGGAACGAUGGCAUUGAUGGGAAUGGCAUCAACAAUGGCGGAAUGAAGAGCAAGUUCUGUCAUGCGUGUGGGACCAAGUAUCCUGUCGAGUCUGCCAAAUUCUGCUGUGAGUGUGGAGUCAGGCGACUCUGCAUCUGAAAGCUGUCGGGAGGAAAUGCAGGCGGAAGAGGUAGUGGAGAAAAGUAGGGACUCAGCUGUUCUUAAGGUCUCCUCUAGGGAUUUCACUAAACAUGAUAAGAGUUGUAUUUCAUCCUUUAUUCAUUCCCCGCGUUCCCACACAACUGAAGAAAAGCAGUGUUUUCUUUGCCAAUCACUACCGGGUCGAGAUAAAGUGACUCCAAAACAUUUGGAACUCGUCCAUACAGCAGUGUAACACUUUUUUCACACGACCUUGCUGAUUAGACCUAAAUUUGCCCUUUCCAUCGAGACGAAGAUAAUGACCUGUUGGAUACAACUUUUAAAUGGACACCCGUGAAGAUAUCAGCAGCUGGUUUGACUAAAGAACACCUCCUUCUUUGCUCAUCACUUUACUUAUGAUUAGAAAUAUCGGUACCUUGUAGUGUUGAGUCAAUGGCUGUAAUUUUAACACUAAAGUAUGGGAAAUCCUCAGUAUGCAGUAUACAAACUAGAAGAAGGAAUAGUGGAAAGAGAAGAACUAAAGACAGACAGCUGGAAAGUGAAGCAUACAGAUUUAAUUUUUUUUUACAUUCACAUUAUGGUUUACUAUUAAAGUGCAAUAUGGUUAACUACUGAAGAGAAAAUGAAUGAAUUUCUCAUUUUAGUUCAUAGUAGGUCAAAGUUCACUCCCAACUCCUUUAUUUACAAAUUGUUUCCAGGUGUUUCCCAAACUAUGGACCACAGCCCACUGGUGAACACAUCAGAUUCUCUGUCUUCACUAUUCACAGAAACACAAUAUAUAUUCUUUGCUCUAAAAUCUUUAAAAUCUUUAAUUUGGCCUAAUGUUGCAGAGGUCGUACUUUGGACGGAAAUCAGUACAAUGUUGGACGUUGAAAGUUAUGCAAGACAUUGAGGGUCUGAACCCUGUGACGAUGGGUAAUCUUUGUUCUAGUGAAAUGUAGCCUUUAAUCCUAUUUUCUACUUGUUCUCAUACAUUUAUACAUUUUAAUCAUUUAUUUAUUUGAUAAAAUAAGUCUGUUUAAUUUUCACCAGAUGACUGCAUCUUUUGUCAAUAUUUGAUUUAAUGUGACAUAUCAUUUUUUUUAAUAAUAUUUCUCCAGCGUGUAUAUUGAAUGCAUUAAGGUCUGAACUGUUAAAGAAAGCAGAAAUGGUCUCUACUGAUGGUGUUGUGGAUAAUGAAUGACACAAAUGAACCCUUGUACAGUAAUCUGUAUGCUUUUUCAAUUGAUAUCAUGUUACAAUAACAAGCUGGACAGUAGUCGUUCCCUGCACUGAAUCAGACCCGUUCAGCUGUUCUUAAUGCAAACAUAUAUUCAACUUCAAUAAACUUCCACAAAAAUACUAACACUAACACUAAUACUAACACUCCUGUGUAUCUAUUACUAUACAAAAGAAAGCAGUGGAGGUAAAAUGAAACCAAUUUUCUAAACUAGUACAAAUGAACACAAGAGCCAGUAUAUUUGUUAUAAAUUAAUAUAUUUUGUAAUAUUCAUGCAUGGUUUAUUUUUAAUAUCAAUAUAAUGAGAAUAACAGAAAUUAGCCAUAUGCAUAUCCAUCACUUUAAGGAACUGAAGCUGUGUUUUAAACGAUGCUGGUUUAUACUAACAUGUGUCUUCUACUCCAGGGGUGUCAAACUCAUUUUCACCGGGAUCCACGUCAGCAGUACAUUUCACCUUGAAGGGCUCGUUGUAAAUGGAAGACUCUAUAGAUCAGGAGUCCCCAAUCAUUGGUCCGCGGACCAGUACCAGUCCAUAGGUAAUUUGGUAUCAGGCCGUAGUC